GGAAUCAGCCGAAAGUUUACAUGCAGCGAGUCUGUCUCAAGUCCGGUCUGUGGUCGUGGAAUAUAUUUCAGCUGUUGCGCUCACAGAAGAGAGGAAAGUUGACCUUUUGGAGCUUUCUUUUUCCUCCGUGCGUAAAACUAAUUUAAAAGUGACCUUACCGGAUCUAUUCUGUGUUGGUUAAUGUUCAACUCUGGAAAGAAAGAAAGAAAGAAAGAAACUCUGAUGUUCCUGGAAGUUUGGCAAUGGGACGUAACAUUUAGACUUUGAGAGCAAAGCAAAGAUCGGACAUGGGCAGCGGGACAAGCCGAGGGAAGAGAGUAGCACCUGCGUGCGUCAGUGAGGUGAACGUGGCCAAAGCAGCCGGCGCGUCGCCCAAACAGGACAGCCGCGCGUUCAAGCCUCUCAAGAUCCAUGGCAUUUUGCGAAACGCGCGCAACCGUGCGCAACCGGACAGCCACAGCGAGGGGCACGACUCCGACUUCUCCCGAGAGGACGAUGACGUCGACGCAGAGCUGGACACGGUGCUCGCGGAUGACGACGAGCGAGACAGAGCUUCCGUUAAGAGAGAUCUUCCAAAGAAGGCCGCGAUGAGGUCCAAGACAUACGGACUGUGUCACUUCAGACAGGACGAUGAAGAGGAGGACCUCAGCCCCAAAGACGUAAACAAGAGGAGCAACGACGCUGUCACACACUUCAGAAAAAACACACCUGCGUCAGCCUGUCAGCAACACGGCUUUCUGACAGGAGACACUUUGCUGGACUCUGUUCCCACAUCAGGACAACAACCGACUUUUGGCACCUGCCACAGCUCCUCUCAUCCCAUGCCGGUCAUCCUGUACGAUGGAUCAGAAGAAGAGCUGAUGGACACUAUUGUCAGAGAGUUUAGUUGACCCCCAAGCUGACACCGCUGCAGGAAAGUUGCCAUCCUCUUCAGCUGCUGUCACGGUGCAGCAAACCUGUAAAAAGUAAAAGGACACCAGGGUUUCUUUUUGACAGAUUCCUGCCUCUAAGGAAUGCCUUAUUCGCUUUAUUCACCUUUUCUGUGUUGAUGUGAAAACCAGCACUCCAGACCUUUUGUAUCUAAAUCUUAUUUAACUACAUGAAGCAGUGUAAUUGAAGUUAUAACAGCAUCUUGAACAGACGCCAGGAGGUUCUCCUUUACAGACAGAGGCCUCCCUGGUUUGUUAUCUUCAGUGGUAAGGUGUCACUCUCACCUCCUUGAAGCAGCCAGACCUCCCACUUAUUUGUCAGCUAUCACUUCCUGUUCUUGAACUUGUCUGUUAAAAGGUAAAGGAGAGAACAUGGAUGUGCUCAAACUCAGCAAGGAACAUUCUUGAAGCUAAGAAAACAUUUUUCCAGCAGCAGUUCUGUGUGUGCACCUCUUUUUUUUUUUUUACAGAGGUGACCCUGCAAAGGUACGAGCUGGGAUGUUUAUUUAAGGUUUUCCUUCCUGCGUUUUACUUCUCCACCCUCAUGAAGAAGGAAUGUGUGGUCGAGGAGACUCUCAGUCAGCCAGGUUCAGGCGCUUUGAAACUUAAAGGCCUGCUGCCACUUAGUGGUGAAACACAGGAGUUGUGCACCAUCCAAGAGGUUUUACAGUUCAGCGCAAGAGAAAUAUUAACCAGACAUGUAGAGGAAGGCUUUUGUGAAUCUGUGCUGCAAAUUAAAAAUGUACCAUUGUUG